AUGGGUUCACUUGACUUACACCCACUACAACACAUUAACAAGGUGUUAAUAGCGAAUCGCGGCGAGAUUGCUGUUCGCUGCAUAAAUGCCUGCAGGAAACUUGGACUUAAUACUGUUUCAGUUUUCACCAAUGCAGAUGCAACUUCUUUGCAUGUGAAGUUGGCAGACGAAGCAAUCCUUUUGCCGGGCGAGGAUGGCUCGGCUUAUACAGAUGGGGAUGCCAUAUUGGACAUCUGCAAGCGUACAGGUGCAAAUGUUGUAUUUCCCGGAUAUGGCUUUCUCAGUGAAAACGCAGAGUUCGCUGACACGAUUUCAUCUGCUGGCAUCGUUUUUGCUGGCCCCUCCACAGCUUCAAUAAGAGCCAUGGGCCUAAAACACGAGGCCAGAGGUAUUGCGCAAUCGGCCAAUGUUCCAAUCAUCCCUGGCACUCAACUAUUAGCGUCUGCUGAAGAAGCUACCAAAGCGGCGACAGAAUUGGGCUUCCCGGUCAUGCUGAAGGCCACUGGAGGCGGCGGUGGCAUGGGCCUUCAGAUCUGUAAUUCAGCAGAUGAGAUUGCUAAGGCGUUUGCGAUGGUCGAAAGUCGCGCUGGUACACUCUUCAAGAACAAGGGAGUAUUCUUGGAGAAGUACUACCCUCGUUCUCGCCAUAUCGAAGUCCAAGUGGCAGGCAACGGUGAGAUUGUUGUCGCUUUUGGAGAACGCGAGUGCUCGCUCCAAAGACGCCAUCAGAAAGUAGUCGAGGAGUCUCCGAGCCCAUUCUUGGAACGCCACGCAGGACUACGCGAAAGAAUGCUCGAUGCGGCCAUCAAUUAUGCACUCCAGCUGAAGUACAAGAGCGUUGGUACAGUCGAGUUUCUUGUUGACGACGACACUGCGCAGUUCUUCUUUCUCGAGAUGAACACUCGAUUACAAGUGGAGCAUGGUAUCUCUGAGCUGUGCUACGGAGUUGACCUGGUCGAGUUGAUGUUAAGACAAGCAGAUUAUGAACUUCAAGGCCAACUUGGCAUCCCUUCUGAGACUCUCAAGGGCCUUGGCAGACCGCAGCCCCUUGGUUCAGCGAUCGAAGUUCGUGUUUAUGCCGAGAUACCGCUCUGCAACUUCGCACCCAGUCCUGGUGUUCUCCAACACGUCCACUGGCCACAGGGCCAUGGUGUGAGAGUUGAUACUUGGGUCCAAAGCGGCCAGAGAAUCACUUCUCUUUACGAUCCAUUAAUCGGUAAGGUUAUGGUACAUAGCCCCGACGGUCGAGAAGCUGCGCGACGCAAGAUGCUCGCAGCACUGGCGGAUACAAAACUUCAGGGAACACAGUCCAACCUUGAGUACCUCUCUGCAAUUCUCGAUUCUGAGCUAUUCGCAAGCGGGAACACCCUGACCAAUUCGCUAUCGACUUUCGAGUUUAAGAGUUGCUCCAUGCAAGUCCUUGAGCCUGGUGUAUCCACCACCAUCCAAGAUUAUCCAGGACGCGUCUCUGUUGGACACGGCGUGCCCCCAGGAGGACCCAUGGAUGAUCUUAGUGCUCGGAUAGCAAACAUUUUGGUCGGCAACGAUGAAGGAGUUGAGUUAUUGGAGGUGACCCUAUCUGGUCCCAAGUUGCUGUUUCAUGAGGCUGCGAUUGUCAGCGUUUGUGGUGCCGAGCUUCCCAUUGCGGUCGAUGGUAGCCCACAGCCGCUAUGGUCCAGACUUGUGGUCAAACAAGGCCAGACUUUGAGUCUAGGUAAAGUCACUGGAAGUGGUGCGCGAGCAUACCUCGCUGUUAGAGGUGGCUUUCCCGACGUCCCAGCGUUCCUCGGGUCCAAGUCAACCGCCCCAGAGCUUGGGUUCGGUGGCUACCAAGGUCGAAAACUCCAGACACACGAUAUCCUCGCCUUAAGCCCUGAUUCCAAGGUGCAAGCAGCUGAAGCGACAACGUUCACCCUUCCAUCCUAUCACGUACCCAAAUUCGGAAGUACCACUAUCUGCUGUAUCGAUGGGCCGUACGGCUCUGAUGAUAUCCUCACAGAAGAGGGAUCGAAAACGUUGUAUGAAGGGGAAUGGAGUGUCAGCCAUAACAGCGGCCGAAGUGGCAUACGCUUGCAAGGUCCGCGAUUGAAGUGGGCUCGAACAUCUGGAGGAGGUGGAGGAUCACACCCGUCUAAUGUGUUCGAGUACGGGUAUCCCAAUGGUGGCGUCAACUUCACUGGAGAGUCUCCCAUCAUAUUUGCUAAUGACCGACCUGAUCUCGGUGGCUUUGUCUGCCCAACGACGAUCUGCUCUGGGGAAAUGUGGAAGCUCGGUCAACUCAAGCCGGGCGACACCGUUCGGCUGCAGUCAGUGUCAUACGAGGAUGCUCUGAAGAUCACUCAUGAGAAAAAAGCCUAUCUCGAAGCUUUGACAGCCUUCGCUAAUGGAAAAUCUGGGGAUGUAAGUGCUCUCCAAACGACCGUCGCCGCGAAGGCCCCAUCCUCUAUCCUCCAUCAGUCACCCGCAAGGGGCGCACAUCCCCAGGUAAUAUAUCGUCAGGGAGGUGAUACCAGCAUAAUCGUUCAGUAUGGUCACCAGACUUCGGACUUGCGAAACACAGUCUGCGUCCAACUGCUCACUCAACAGCUGGCAGCAGCAAAACUGCCCAGUGUGCGAGGCGAUCCUAACAUUGCCACCCUCACUGUGCGCUUUGAUCCAGCCCAUAUAGAUCGUUCUGAGCUUCUCCAUCACCUUCUGACCUUUGAUACGAGCAUUGACGAUACUAGCGGGGUGAAGAUCCCUGCUCGACAAAUAAGACUGCCUGUCUGCCUCGACCACUCUUCACUCGAGGAGUCGGCGCAGCGGUAUAUGGAAAGUAUCAGACCGACAGCUGCAUAUCUCCCAGACAAUGUCGAAUAUCUUCGCAAGAACAAUGCUCUUGCGACGCGCCGAGACGUGUUGGACUCUCUUCUCAAAACCCCAUGGUUGACUGUUGCCGUUGGUUUCUUCGUCGGAACACCGAUCCUAUUCCCUCUCGACCCAUGGCGGGUGUUGACAGGUCAGAAAUAUAAUCCCAGUAGAGGCUAUACGCCUAGUGGCUCGGUAGGAUUGGGAGGGUCAACAGUCGCCAUAUAUCCUGUUGCUGCACCCGGAGGAUACCAACUUAUGGGCCGAACACUUGGUGGCUGGGAUUCAACAGGUAACCGGCCUGGCUUCUCUCCCAAGAAGCCUUGGCUAUUCAACCACCUGGAUCUAGUCAGUUUCUAUGAGGUGACUGAACAAGAAUAUGACAAGAUGGAGCGAGAUUUCGAGGCUGGUCAGUAUACUUUUGACAUUAGCGAAACAUCCAUCGAUAUGGACCAGUACAUCGCCAAAUUUGAUUCAGCAGAGAAGGAUCCGGAGUACCAAGCAUGGCGAGAGCGCCAAUCAAAGGCAGCUGACGAGCUUGCUGCACUGGAGCAGAGGCUGUUCGAUGAAUGGACCAUCUCAAAACAAUCUAGUGGUGGUGCAGAUGACGAUGGCGAGAUUGACUCGGACGAGGUUGCUGUUAUUGAGUCACCUGUAAAUGCGAAUGUCUGGAAGGUCCUCGUCAAGCCUGGUGAUAUCCUGGAGGCAGGACAGACUGUAGCGGUUCUUGAAGCUAUGAAGAUGGAGAUCAACUUGGUUGUUGGCGAAGACCAGGUCGGCGCUGAAGUAGUCAAGGUUGCUCAACCACCGGGAAGUGUUGCAGACCUCGGCUUCCUGUGCCUCUCUGCAGGUUCUGCAAUAAGGAGUUCAAGAGACAAGAACAUCUCGAAAGGCACAUUCGUACACAUACGCGUGAAAGACCAUAUGGGUGUCCAUGCGGCCGAACGUUUACAAGACAGUGAGACGUCAAGAUCCGCCUAUCUGGGGACAUGCUCUGUCAACGGCCCAGGGAAACAAGCAGAAUCAAAUCUGGCUAUAUCCCCCGACGGGGCUGUGACAACUUCACCCUCUAUCUCACAAGCUAGCGAUGAAAACAACCAUCACAGCAACCAGCUACCGUCUCAAGGAAACCCCUCUAAUUUAGUGCCUAUGGCAAUCUCUCCCCAAACCAUGUCUUCCCAACAAGAUAUGAUGAGCCGAUUUUCAAUUCAUGAGCGGCCACUAGUUUACCAAGAGCAGACACCAAGCCAUAUCCUUGAGCCACCGAAAGAUCCCAUACACAGCAGCAAUGUAACCCCGGCGGGCGCUUUGGAUAAUCUUGACUUUAUGCAAUUCGAGUCGUUCAACGCAGAUAUGUUUCCUGAUGAGAUGGACAUGAUCAAUAGCUAUCUCGGGGAGGUUCUUCCCCCUGAAGACUCGCAUCAAGGAUUCACACCGGAUACAGCAAACUUUUUUACUCAGUCUUUUAUUCCCGACCCAGUUCUUGCGCCUGCUCCAUCGAGCCAGUUACAGUUAGAGGCACCUGGUCGUAUAGAAGUGAGCAGCACGUCAACGUCGACUCUACCUUUUUGCCAGAAACGACAAACCCAAACAGCUCCAGUUCGAAACAAGGUUGACAGGUUGUUGGAUACUACAGAAGACAUUGUAGCAACAAAUCCCUGGGCUGUAUCGGCUGCUGCUCAUGAAAGGCUUUCCAUAGAGUUCUCGAAGCACAGGUCAGAUAUACCCCAAUCAUUUACACUUCCUAGCAGACAUGCGUUAUCUCGAUAUAUCGCAAGCUGGAUACGAGGUUACCAUCCACAUUUACCAUUCGUCCACCUUCCGACUACCAAUCUGGAAUCCAUGUCACCUGUGCUUCUCUUGACACUGGCAGCUACAGGAUCAUUCUAUGGAUUUGAGCACCCUCAGGGGUACGCCAUGUAUUUCGUGGCCAAAGCUAUGAUCAACCAUGAGCUAGAGGACAGACGCCGUGCAUCAAAUCGCCAUAUUCUCAACGGCUUCCCCCGUUUUGCAGCUCUCCCUACAAGCUCUACAGAAGUCUACGAUCCACCAACAAAUCACCCUGCGGUUUUAUCCAAAUUCGAUAUUGAACUGUUGCAAUCCUUGUUGAUUGCCGUGAUGACUAUGUCGUGGCUAGAUGGACCACUUGCAGAAGAGGCACUCGCUAUGAGUAGCCAGUUAACUACUCUGACCCGCGACAUCCUGAAACGUCUACCAGAGGAAAAUGCUGAUGAUACAUGGGAGAAUUGGGGCCGCGAUGAAGAGAGACGACGCACCCUUCUCUCGGCAUAUUUCACAUUGAAUAUUCAAACCAUCUGCUUCAACGUGCCGCCUCAAAUGACAGCUACAGAGUUUAGCUUCGAACUUCCUUGCUCCGAAGUUGAAUUCAACGCGCCGGACUCGGAAACAUGGAAUCGUGUAAGACGAAAGGUCGACCCACGCAAGCUCAACUUUCGGUCAUGCUUUAAACAAUUGCUAUCUGGAGAACCACUAUCCAAGGAGGUCUCGGCAACAGAGUUUGGCAAUUAUAUGCUUAUUCAGAGUUUGCUGAUACAGAUCUACUUUGAGCGCCAAGUAUCGUCUGCCCUGUUAUCUCCAUCGCCAAGUCUGUCAGAGAGUACCAUUGCGACUUAUGCUGCUGCACUCGGCGCGUGGCAAUCUUGCUGGGACUCUGCUAUCGAAUCUGCCCCCGAUCCCUCCUCUAGGAAUUCGCCUCUACCUUUCAACUCGACUGCGAUGCUCCGACUGGCUCAUAUUCAUCUUGGAUUUGGCCUCUACAGUCAAUGCGAGUUGCUAUCUCGAGAUCCUAUCGUCAAAGCUCAAGUAUUCGAGUCGUAUCAGAAUCCAUUGCCCUUGCGUGCCCCACAUCUUGAUCAAGCUGUUCUUCAUGCUAUCUACGCUUUGAGGAUACCUGUGAGAGUCGGCAUUGCAUUCGUGGCGCGUGGCCGUACGGGUCAUUGGAGUGUCCAGCAUGCUAUCAGUCACUUUGGAUGCGCCCUUCUACUUACCCACUGGCUUGAAAACAUUUAUCAGCUGGUUCUAUCGGAUGGUGCGUCAGCUCUCAGAGAGGAGGAAAAGCGCCUGCUUUCUAUGGUCGACCGUCUAGUCGAAGAAACUCAUCUAGAGGCUUCGCUAGGUCCCAAAUCCGAUUUUCCUGGCAGGAUAAGACGUUUGGCUAUUGCAGCAGUGAAGCUUUGGGCAGAAACUUGUAAAGGCAUACAAGUCUACGAGAUCGUCCAUGUCGUUGGAGAAACACUCUCGCUAGUGGCAGAAUCACUAGAGAAGCAGAUCUAG